CCUCCCCCGCCCGGCCCCGGCCCCCCUCCCUCCGGGCAGCGCUCGCCUCCCUCCGCCUCAGACUGUUUUGGUAGCAACGGCAACGGCGGCGGCGCGUCCCUGCCCGGCUCCCGGCGGCUCCACGGUUUCGGCGGGCCUCCCCGCCCCUUCGUCGUCCUCCUUCUCCCCCUCGCCGGCCCGGGCACCCCCCCGGCCGCGCCAUCCCGCGCCUCCCCGCUCGGCGCCCGUGCGUCCCCGCCGCGCUCCGGCGUCUCCUCGGCGCGCCCGGCUCCCGGCUGUCCCCGCCCGGCGUGCGGGCCGGUGUAUGGGCCCCUCACCAUGUCGCUGAAGCCUCAGCAGCAGCAGCAGCAGCAGCCGCCCGCGGCCGCCAAUGCCCGUAAACCCGGCGGCAGCGGCGGCCUUCUCACGUCGCCUGCCGCCGCGCCGUCGCCGUCCUCAGUCUCAUCGUCCUCGGCCGUGGCUUCCUCUUCCUCGGCGGCGGCGGCGAGCGCAGGCGGCGGGCGGCCCGGCCUGGGCAGAGGUCGAAACAGCAAAGGACUGCCUCAAUCCACGAUUUCUUUUGAUGGAAUUUAUGCAAAUAUGAGGAUGGUUCAUAUACUUACGUCAGUUGUUGGAUCCAAAUGUGAAGUACAAGUGAAAAAUGGAGGUAUAUAUGAAGGAGUUUUUAAAACAUACAGUCCUAAGUGUGAUUUGGUACUUGAUGCUGCACAUGAGAAAAGUAUGGAAUCCAGUUCGGGGCCAAAACGUGAAGAAAUAAUGGAGAGUAUUUUGUUCAAGUGUUCAGACUUUGUUGUGGUACAGUUUAAAGAUAUGGACUCCAGUUAUGCAAGAAGAGCAGGUAACGUGUGGACUGAAACUGAAGACUCCCAACAUGAUACACUGUCCUUUUCCUUGGAGCAACAUCUUGCUCAGGAAGGAAUUUUCUCAGAUGCUUUUACUGAUUCUGCUAUCAGUGCUAAAGUGAAUGGUGAACACAAAGAGAAGGACCUGGAGCCCUGGGAUGCAGGUGAACUCACUACCAGUGAGGAACUGGAGGCUUUGGAAAAUGAUGUAUCUAAUGGAUGGGAUCCCAAUGAUAUGUUUCGAUAUAAUGAAGAAAAUUAUGGUGUAGUGUCUACAUAUGAUAGCAGUUUAUCUUCAUAUACGGUACCCUUAGAAAGGGAUAACUCAGAAGAAUUUUUAAAACGAGAAGCAAGGGCAAACCAGUUAGCAGAAGAAAUUGAAUCAAGUGCCCAGUACAAAGCCCGGGUGGCCCUGGAAAAUGAUGAUAGGAGUGAAGAAGAAAAAUACACAGCCGUUCAGAGAAAUUCCAGUGAACGUGAGGGCCACAGCAUAAACACUAGGGAAAAUAAAUAUAUUCCUCCUGGACAAAGAAAUAGAGAAGUCAUAUCCUGGGGAAGUGGGAGACAGAAUUCACCGCGUAUGGGCCAGCCUGGAUCGGGCUCCAUGCCAUCAAGAUCCACCUCUCACACUUCAGAUUUCAACCCGAAUUCUGGUUCAGACCAAAGAGUAGUUAAUGGAGGUGUUCCCUGGCCAUCGCCUUGCCCAUCUCCUUCCUCUCGCCCACCUUCUCGCUACCAGUCAGGUCCCAACUCUCUUCCACCUCGGGCAGCCACCCCUACACGGCCGCCCUCCAGGCCCCCCUCGCGGCCAUCCAGACCCCCGUCUCACCCCUCUGCUCAUGGUUCUCCAGCUCCUGUCUCUACUAUGCCUAAACGCAUGUCUUCAGAAGGGCCUCCAAGGAUGUCCCCAAAGGCCCAGCGACACCCUCGAAAUCACAGAGUUUCUGCUGGGAGGGGUUCCAUUUCCAGUGGCCUAGAAUUUGUAUCCCAUACCCCACCAAGUGAAGCAGCUGCUCCUCCAGCAGCAAGAACUAGUCCUGCGGGGGGCACAUGGUCAUCAGUGGUCAGCGGGGUUCCAAGAUUAUCCCCUAAAACUCACAGACCCCGAUCUCCCAGACAGAACAGUAUUGGAAAUACUCCUGGUGGACCAGUUCUUGCUUCUCCUCAGGCUGGUAUUAUUCCAGCCGAAGCUGUUGCUAUGCCUGUUCCAGCCGCAUCUCCUACGCCUGCCAGUCCUGCAUCCAACAGAGCUGUUACCCCAUCUAUUGAGGCUAAGGAUUCCAGGCUUCAAGAUCAGAGGCAGAACUCUCCUGCAGGGAAUAAAGAAAAUAUGAAGCCCAAUGAGACAUCACCUAGCUUCUCAAAGACUGAAAAUAAAGGUAUAUCACCAAUUGUUUCUGAACAUAGAAAGCAAAUUGAUGACUUAAAGAAGUUUAAGAAUGAUUUUAGGUUACAGCCAAGUUCUACUUCUGAAUCUAUGGAUCAACUGCUAAACAAAAAUAGAGAGGGAGAAAAAUCAAGAGAUUUGAUCAAAGACAAAAUUGAACCAAAUGCUAAGGAUUCUUUCAUUGAAAAUAGCAGCAAUUGCACCAGUGGCAGCAGCAAACCGAACAGUCCCAGCAUUUCCCCUUCAAUCCUCAGUAACACGGAGCACAAGAGGGGACCUGAGGUCACAUCCCAAGGGGUUCAGACGUCCAGUCCAGGAUGUAAACAAGAGAAAGAUGAUAAAGAGGAGAAGAAAGAUGCAGCUGAGCAAGUGAGAAAAUCAACUUUGAAUCCUAAUGCAAAGGAGUUCAACCCUCGCUCCUUUUCUCAGCCAAAGCCUUCUACAACCCCAACUUCACCUCGUCCUCAAGCACAACCUAGCCCAUCUAUGGUGGGUCAUCAGCAGCCAGCUCCAGUUUAUACUCAGCCUGUUUGUUUUGCACCAAAUAUGAUGUAUCCAGUCCCAGUGAGCCCAGGCGUGCAACCUUUAUACCCUAUACCUAUGACGCCCAUGCCAGUGAAUCAAGCCAAGACAUAUAGAGCAGGUAAAGUACCAAAUAUGCCCCAACAGCGGCAAGACCAGCAUCAUCAGAGCACCAUGAUGCACCCAGCCUCAGCAGCGGGCCCACCAAUUGUGGCCACCCCACCAGCUUAUUCCACACAAUAUGUUGCCUAUAGUCCUCAGCAGUUUCCAAAUCAGCCUCUUGUUCAGCAUGUGCCACAUUAUCAGUCUCAGCAUCCUCAUGUCUAUAGUCCUGUGAUACAGGGUAAUGCUAGAAUGAUGGCACCACCAGCACAUGCCCAGCCUGGUUUAGUGUCUUCUUCAGCAACUCAGUACGGGGCUCAUGAGCAGACGCAUGCGAUGUAUGGUUCAUAGGAAUAAGGACUCAGCAGCAGUGAAGUUUCUUGUCACCCAUAACCCGCUGCUUGUGCUUUCUUCCUGGAGGCAUGCUCCCACUGUACACGUUUGCAGUGAUAGGAAUGUUAAAUGAUUAAAGGCAUUGUUUUUGUAAAAUACUUAAAUCCAAUCUUUAUUUUACACAUUAUCACUUAAAACUUUCUACUGUGGAUUAUGCCCUUUAAAUUAAAAUGAUGUAUUUGCCACGUUUGGGGAAACUUUCUUACAAGAAACCCAUUCAUAAUUUAAUUGAAAAAAAUACCAACAGACUGAUUUGGCUUAUGAUUUUGGUUAUGAUUGCUUUUCAUUGGCUUGUCUUAACCAGGACUAAGUAUGUAUGAAAUUGCAUAAAAGCGUGUUCAUCACAUACGCUUUUAAGCAAUUUGUAUACAUUUCAACAAUUUUCUGGUUUGCUAAAGGCUUAAGUGAUGAAAAAGUUCAUUAUGAUUUUUUAUAUAUUUCUGGUAAAUACAUCAUGAUUUAACAAGUGGAAAAAAACAUUUUCCCCCUCCCAUUUUCUGGCAUACUCCUCUUGGAAUAAGAUAUAAACUUUUGAGCUAAAAUUUCCAUUACUUUUUAGAGAAUAGCUAUUUGUGUACCCAUGCUUAUGAGACAUUGUAGUGAUACUGUGAUGUUGAGAAGAAUCUUUCUCCUCAGUGUGUUCACUCACUGCCAGCAUCUGGUUUUGUCUUUUGGAUGGAUGUUCAUUGGUUUGAAAUAGCCUGUAUAGUAAAUACUGUAUCUAAGACGCUAAUGGUUUAAAACUACUUUCCCAAAACAUUUACAUUUGAAAAGUAGUUGUCCUUGGACCCUGAAGUCAAUUCAUAUGUGGGUAAAUAGGAAAUACUGCAAAUAAAACUCUAGGUCUAAUGUCCAGUGAAAUCUGGCAUGAUUUGUCAUGAAGGCUAGUUCUUUAUUGCCAGGAGAAAGUUGCUCAGCCAGACCUGAAACUACUCUCCUGCAGUUCACACAGGUUGUAGUUAAUUGACGUCUGUUGAUGAGGGCAGACUGGAGUGAGGCUGUGGACUUGAUAUGGUUGUUGCUGGUUACUCAGGUUCUCAUUUGGAUACUUCAUACUCUAAAAAGAACACUAGAAAAUGAACUGUUUUAUUCUUUGCCAUCAUAAGCCAUAGUUUAACCUAGUAAAGAAAGUUCAUUAAUUCUUCAGUAAUUUAUUUCAGUUAUUUUAGAUCUUCCAAGACACUUUUAAAAGUACAUUAUUUUAAACUAAGACAAAUCUGUUGCAUGGAAAUGCUAAUUUUACACUUCUUUCCCUUGAACAGUUUGUAUUGCGUAUUCCCAAAGGAACCAAGUAUUUUGAGUAUGAAUUAUGUCUAUUUUGAAGCUUCAUUCUAUCUAAAUAUUUUCAACUUUUUAUGCCAACAAAAGAAUAUGCACCCAGAUGUUGGCGACAGUUCUGUGUCACCCUUUGGUCAUUUUUUCAUUGUUAACAGCCAUAGCAAAAGGCUUUGAGAAUAGAAAGGGCACUAAGGACUACAAAAUGAAAGACUGAUUAUUGUCUUUAAAUGGUUGGUAUAUUUAAUAUAAAUAUGCUGACAGAUUAUUGAACAGCUAAAUUGCUAGGAGAAAUAUUAGACAUUUUAAGUAGUUCUUGACCUUGUUCUCUUUCUAGUUAUCUUAGGAGUUUGAUCACAAACUUCAUCUCUUUGACCUUAAUCUAACUUAAAUCAUUGCCUUCGCCCCUUCCCUCCUAAGAAGUUACUUUUUGUUUCCUGGUCUCCUAAUUCACCUAAUUUUGUUUUUGGCAGCGGUGUUUUCCCUUUCAGAAAUAGUAACGAAAAUUUCUCUACUAACUGAAGCCAUCAGGAAGAGUUAGAUCCAGAAUCCUCUUUGAGUUUGUUUUUGAUAGUUUAAUGCAGAUAAAUGAGAAAAUACAGGAGGCAAAAAGAUUUAAAAUGAACCUAUUAUCCUUCCAGUUGACAACUACCUGUUAACAUUUUGGUGCAUAUCCUUCCAAAUGUACUUAUACACACCCAUUUAUGUAGAUAUUUUAAUAAAUGAUAUUAUACUCAUGUUUAAUAUUACCAUUAUUAUGUUUCUAAAUUUUUGGGUUCACUUUCAGAUGCCUAAUAAAGAACUUACAGAAUAAUGAUGCUUCUAUUAAUAAUGAUAUACAAAAUUGUUUGAGUCUUUUGAAUUAAACUUGGUAAAUAUUCUCUUAUUUUGGUACAUUAUUUAUAUUCAGGUUGUUCAGUGGAAUGCCAUGUUGGUCUUUUGAUUAGAUUAUGAUUUUAUUCCUUUCAUUUAAGCAAGUCAGCAUGUGGAACUCGACACAUCAGUACAGAAGAAAAAGUAUCUUUUGGUUCAGUCCUUUCUUGUUUAAUUUUGUAGCAAUGUUUAAAGUGCUUGUCAUCUCUUGUAAAAUAAGAAAAAUGAUUUAUGCAUGAAUACAAAAAAAAUUACUAAAUAUGUCAACCUUUCCAGAAAAUUAGGAAAAUGCACACCUCAGAAGGCUAAUUUACCUUUCUAU